AUGUCUGGUCCCUUGGUACUCAUCACGGGCGUCACUGGCUUUCUAGCCGCCCACGUGCUCGAUGCUGUUCUCGCCUCUCCUGCCAACUACAAGGUUCGAGGAACGCUUCGAUCCGUCAACAAGAAGGACGAGAUCCUCUCUCGUCUGAGCGCGCAAGAUCGCGAACGAGUCGAGUUCGUCGAAGUCGCCGACACUGCCACAUCUGACCUCCUACCCGCUGUUCGAGGUGUCGAAAUCAUCCACCACGUCGCUUCCCCCUACCAACUCAACGUGCAGGACGCAGAGCGCGAUCUGCUGAUCCCCGCCGUCGAAGGUACUCUGAAUCUGCUGCGCUUCGCCAAACACGAGAAGAGCGUCAAGAAGAUCGUCAUCACCUCCUCCUUCGCCGCUGUCACCAGCUUCAAAGAGGGCGGACCCAACCGUCCCGGCUUCACGUACACCGCCGAGCACUGGAAUCCGUCCACCUACCAAGAUGCGAUCGAAGCCGGCGGCGCAGGUGCAUUCUCCUACUCUGUCAGCAAGAAGCUCGCAGAGCAAGCAGCUUGGGACUACGUAUCCAACGAGAAACCCCACUUCGAAAUUGCGUCCGUCAAUCCGCCCAUGAUCUACGGCCCCACCUUGCAGCCAGCCGUCCGACUCUCCAACCUCAACACCUCGAGCAAAACCAUCUACAACCUCGUCUCGUCCGCCGACUCGAUGCCAGAGGACCGUCUUCCGCUCUUCUGCCAUGCUCGGGAUGUCGGCGACGCACACGUUGCCGCGACCGAAAAGGAUGGUGGUAUGGGCGAGCGAUACCUGCUGUGCGGAGGAAAGUUCACGUGGGCUCAUGCGGUCAAGUUUAUCAGCGAACAGUACCCCGAGUUGCAAGAUCGUCUGCCGAAGGGCUGGAAGGAGGCGGUCACGAAUCUGCGCGAUCUGGAUACCAUCGCCACUCUGGACACCAAACCUGCUCAGACCAAGCUGGGCCUCAACUUCAAGGAUUGGCAGACCACGCUCAAGCAGUCGCUCGACAGCUUGCUCGAGCUGGAGAAGCGAGCUGACUGGAAGAAGUGA